CUGUACAAUAAAAAUUUUAUCCUCACCUGUCAGUUUUAUUAAUUGUUGCCCUGUUAGAUGAAAUUUAAUCUAACUCCCGCAAAUUCUGUAAAUUAUCUCCGGAAAUUUUUCUAAAGUUUUUUUCUCCUGAACUCUCACACAUUUUUUUAUUCACACUUUUUUCUAUUCAAAAUGGCAUUAUUGUCACAACUCAUACCAAUUUCAUACGAAGACGAGUUUGAUGUGUGGUCUGUGAUUGAGUCUAGGGUCAGGAGUAUUAGUAAAUUCGAGGUGACCUUGACCCGGAACACUAAGCUUGAGAAUUUACUAAUUCUAAACUCACACGCCAACCACAACCACAACCACAACCCCGACUCCGAACAAGACAAAAAGAAAAAGAACCUCAAAGUCAAAAAAUACAUACAAUGCACCUAUCUCAACUAUACCAACACUAAUAACUCUGUUAACACUAACACAAAUAACUCUGUCAAUAGUAACACAAAUAACUCUGUUAACACUAACACUAAUAACUCUGUUAACACUAACACAAUGUGUACUGGUAACACAGUGAGUAGUGGAUACAUAACGGAGAAGCCGUACUUGUAUAUGUAUUUGAUGAGGAACAUGUCAGUGUCGGAUUACCAGCGUUUGUGUAAGGAGCGUUUGAAGCAGUUCCUUAACGACCGAUUGGGUAAUAAACUUAACGAGGAGUUUCUCAUUAUUAUCCUCAUGGACGGAACCGACAACAGCAACAAACUCUACAACAAACUCAAACUCAAACUACUCAAACUCAACAUCUCCAACCGAAUCAUCAAACUCUAUACCACAAAUUCUGUGGUUGGUGUGAGGGAGGACGAGAAUGUGCAGUUGUUGGAGAAGUUGAUAAAGAAGUACGUCGUCCUAAACAUUAACAAACGCUACCUCUACCUCCUCAUCAACAUCAUCACCAUCUCCAACACCAACUCCAUCAACUCCAUUCCCAACUCCUACCACUCUUUUAACACACAUGACACUCCCAUAGACUCUUCUAACACUCCCAUGGACUCUCCUGACACUUCUAACAAUGUUGAUACUGUAGACACUGUCACCCCCGUAACUACUAUAAAUACUGUAGACCCUGUAACUACAGUAAACGUGGUGAGUAAUGUGGAGAAUGUGUUGAUGGGAUAUGUGCGUAAGUAUGAGGACUGGUUGGGUAUAUUUUAUAAGCUCCGGCUGUUGACGGAGUAUUUGAUGUUUUACGAGUUGCUACACAACAACUCCUUCAUCCUCGACUCUCUUAACUCCACCAAAAUUACAUCCACCCAAAUUCUAUCCACACAACACAACUCCAUUCCACAACUCAUUAACAAUUCUCAACUACACAAUAAGUUAUGUAAUGAGUUAACGUAUUACGGCUUGAGAAAGUUCAUUCUGUACAAACAGCUGCUCGUCAUCAAACUGGAAAUGGAUGAUUCAAUAGUAUACUUGGUAAUAUUGUUGAUAUUCAACUUUGUGAACAGUGUGGUGACAAACACCGUUGGCACGAUACUCCCAAACUCACUUUUAUCCCAUCAGAACUCUUGCGCAUCCGAUAACACUGAAUCUCACACUGAAUCUCACACAGGAUCUCACACCGGAUCUAUUAGUGAAUCUCACACAGGAUCUCACACAGGAUCUCACACCGGAUCUAUUAGUGAAUCUAUUAGUGAAUCUCUUACAGGAUCCUGUACCGAAUCUAUUAGUGAAUCUAUUAGUGAAUCUCUUACAGGAUCCUGUACCGAAUCUCACACCGGCACGGAAGCUAAACUAGACAGGGCCAUCGUCACCAUCAUCAUCGAACUCAUCAUUCUCAUCAAUAACAUUCUCAACUCUAGUAAUAAUAAUAGUAAUAGUACGAGUGAUAGAGGAGAGAUGAACAAGUUAAUUGUGGACAUCCUGAGAGAUCAGUACAAUCUUCAUACUGUCAACAGUGUUGAGAAUGUGGAUACGGAAAGAUGUAUGACAAAUGCGUACAAGUAUGUGUCAUUUAUAUACUUGUUACUGUACAAGUUUGUAUCGUACACCAAUAUGAAAUCUGCCGAUACUAUGGAGAAGUUAAUUCCACUCGAAAGUGAUGUGACCUUGUGUGACGGGGAAAUGACCAACGAGUUUGUCGUGUACAUCAACAACAUCUACAACUCACUCAUACAACUCUCCUAUCUGUCCAAUACUGAUAACACAGUUGACACUACUAAUAAUAGGGAUGACACAGAUACACAGGUGUUACAAUUGUUGGAAGAGGUUGAGAGUGAGAUUGGGAGGAUGUACAGGUAUAAAAAUUACAUAAUGAACUACUGCGUGAAGUACUUCAUCCUCUCAAACCUCGUAAACCACAAGGAGCUCUUCCUACAGUUCAACGCCGAAGUUGAUCAAUCACAACUCUACGGCUCUUUCUACAACCCACAAGAUAUUAUCACUGGAGAUACUGUGGACAAUUUUGACAAUGUUGUUACUGAGGAUACUUUAGACACUGUAGAAGAUGUAGAAGAUGAGGAGAAUGAGGAGAAUGAGGAAGAAGUUACUGAGGACACUGUGGACACCAAUGCUAAUGCAGUUGACACUGAUGCUAAUGUAGUAGACACAGAACCAAAUGUAGUAGAAGAAGAAGAAGAGGAACUGGAAGAAUAUGAGGAAGACUGGGAGGAAAUGUGUGAGCCGUUGGGUUCAAUGGGUUUGGAGUUGAAGGUGUACAACUGUGACGAGUACGAGCACAUCUUCAACAAGAAGAACUAUAACCCGAACAACAUCGAGGAGGGCAUCAACGUACACAAACACUGCAAAAAUUAUCUCCACAUUCUAAUCAUCACCAACUCCACAUCCACAUCCACUCAAUCCACCAAAGAUAACACACCCACCAAUGAUUCUGUUAACUCUAUCAACUCAGGAGACACUGUGGACAAUGUGGACACUGGGGAUAUUGGGGAAAGAGUGUUUACGGGGUUGAGUAUGAGACUGAGGGGGAUGGGCCUUCGAAUAUGUGAGGUGAUGGCGAUAAACGUGGACAACAAGACGAAGGAGGUGGCAAUUCCCAUAACCAAGGACCAAAUCACACUUCCAGACUUCAAGUCCAAACUACUCCUAUGCCUUCUUAUGGCACAGUCCCAUUCCAAACAUGGAACACAGGGUUUAACACAUUCUACACAUUCUACACAUUCUACACAAUCUAAACAGGGAGUACAAAGUUUAACGAAGGAACCCCAAUUACUUCCUAGGGAGUUGAGGAUGAUGUUGUUGAGGGGAGGGUUGGUGUUGAGUAGGAGUAGGUAUGAGAUUGGUGUGUCGGAGGUGUUUGACGUGGAGUUGUUUGGUGAAUUUAUACACUUGGCAAUUAACUUUAGACACCUGGUCAAGAUCAACAAGGUGAUGGUAAACGAUAAAAUCCUGUCCACCAACAAUUUACUACUCAACUUCAACUCCGCCUACAAAAUACUCAUCGAUCAAAUUAUCACCACUCUAGACUCUAACGAUAAUAAUACUGUUAACACUGUAGACACUGUUGACACUGUAGAAUCUGCUGCAGUAACUGCUGCAGUAGAUAGUACUGUAAAUAGUAUAGAGAGUACUGUAGACACUGUAAAUACUGUAAAUAGUAUAGAGAGUGUAGAGAAUGUGGAUAAUACUGUGGAAGAUACUGUAGCAGAUGCCGUGGGACCUGACACCGUAACGGAGAACGCCGUCACUGAAAUAAAAGUGUAUUACAAGAUGUAUAGAAAGUUUAAGGCGUCGUUGCAGGAGUUGUCUGAGGAGUUGGUGUACCUGAUUCACCUGAACAGGAUUAAUAACACUUUUACAAUUGCCAGAGGCGCACCCUCCGGCACCACACCCAACACCAACCCCUCCACACUCAAAGAUAAAAUCAAAUCCAACAUCAAAAUCAUACAACCCUUCAAACACACUAUUCACCAUACUAACUCUGCAAAUGGUAACUCGGUAAAUGGUAAGAAGAGUGUGAAAUCAAUGGUUUCGGAUUGGAGUAGUGUGUGUAGGCCGGAAUCCGAUGUAAAAUAUGUGAUGAAUGUGCCGUAUUACGGGUAUAUAAACAAGAGCAUAAAGAUGAAUAUAAACCUGGUGAGUACGAAGGACGUGAUCUUUUCCUACUGCAUCAACGAUGACGAGAACUGGUUCAUCGAGGGCCUGGUGAUCAACAAUAACAUUAAGCUAUUGAAGGACCAGAGGAUGAAUAUUAACCUCGUACUCAUACCACUGAAGCAGGGACAUCUUAAUAUCCCCAAAAUCUCAUUCAAGAACCUGAAACUUAACCUACCAAACCAUAACAUCACUAUCUUCCCACCCAACCAAGUUCUCAUUUAA